AUGUUGAGGCAGAUCGUCUCGCAACGGAGCGCCGCACGCAGGCAGCUAAUUGAUCAGCUUGCGCCAUGCCUGCGCCGCGGCCUGGCCACCGCUACAGACUCGACUCCCACCUCUUCGCGCAUGCCUCCCUAUUCCAAAAUCGUACAAAAUCUUGAACAAGUUCGCAAGGUGCUGGGAUCAUCUCGGGCCCUUACUCUGGCGGAGAAGAUUCUGUACUCUCAUCUUGACAAUGCGGAGGAGUCACUUUUGACUGGUACGAACAAUGGACGCGACAUCCGCGGCAAGGCGGAUCUGAAGCUGAAGCCUGACCGCGUUGCGAUGCAGGAUGCGUCUGCACAAAUGGCCUUGUUGCAGUUCAUGUCUUGCGGCUUGCCGUCGACCGCAGUUCCGGCCAGUAUUCACUGUGACCAUAUGAUUGUGGGUGAGCGCGGUGCCGACACCGAUCUGCCAGCGUCGAUCCAAGGAAACAAGGAGGUGUUCGAUUUCUUGGAGAGCGCUUCAAAGAGAUACGGAAUUGAGUUCUGGCCUCCCGGUGCUGGUAUCAUCCACCAGAGCGUCUUGGAGAACUAUUCCGCCCCUGGUCUUAUGAUGCUGGGAACGGAUAGUCAUACACCUAACGCCGGUGGCCUGGGUGCCAUUGCCAUCGGUGUCGGUGGCGCUGAUGCCGUUGACGCUCUUGUUGACGCUCCUUGGGAACUGAAAGCCCCUCGCAUCCUCGGUGUCAGACUGGAGGGCAAGCUCCAAGGCUGGGCCGCGCCCAAGGAUAUCAUCCUUCACCUCGCUGGAAAGCUUACCGUUCGCGGUGGCACCGGCUUUGUCAUCGAAUACCACGGCCCCGGAGUUGAAACACUCAGCACCACCGGUAUGGCGACGAUUUGUAACAUGGGUGCGGAAGUUGGCGCCACAACUUCCCUUUUCCCCUUCUCCCCCAACCAUGUGCCGUACCUGAAGGCGACGAACCGCGCAGAUGUCGCCGAGGCAGCGGCCAAGAUCGCCUCUGCAGGGUCUUCGAGCCUGCUCCGAGCAGACACCAGCGCCGAAUACGAUGAGCUCAUCACGAUCGACCUUUCUACCCUAGAACCGCACAUCAACGGCCCCUUCACGCCCGAUCUCUCUGUUCCGCUGUCGCGCUUCGCUGAAACCGUCCGCAAAAACAACUGGCCGGAGACUUUCAACGCCGGCCUUAUUGGCAGCUGCACUAACAGCUCCUAUGAAGACAUGACACGCGCCGAGCACCUCGUCAAACAAGCCAACGCCGCCGGUCUCAAGCCGAAAGCAGACCUUUUCAUCACCCCUGGUAGCGAACAGAUCCGCGCCACCCUCGACCGUGACCAAACCCUCUCCACCUUCUCAUCUGCUGGCGGCACCGUCCUCGCCAACGCCUGCGGUCCCUGCAUUGGCCAAUGGAAGCGCACAGACGAUGUCCCCAAGGGCACCGAUAAUGCCAUCUUCACCUCCUACAACCGCAACUUCCCCGGCCGCAAUGACGGCAACCGCCGCACAAUGAACUUCCUCGCUUCUCCCGAGCUCGUCACUGCCCUUACCUACGCCGGCUCCACCACCUUCAACCCUGUCACUGACUCCAUCACCACUCCUUCCGGUUCAGAAUUCCGCUUUGAACCCCCUACCGGCCAAGACUUGCCCAGCAAAGGCUUCGAGGCCGGAAACCCCGCCUUCCAGCCCUCCGCCCCUGUGCCUGAUUCCAGCGUCGAGGUCAAGGUCUCUCCUACAUCUACCCGCCUCGCUCUUCUCGAGCCUUUCGCCCCUUUCCCCAACUCCGACCUCCAGAACCUCAGCGUCCUCUACAAAGUCAAGGGCCAGUGCACAACGGAUACCAUUUCCGCUGCCGGACCUUGGCUCAAGUACAAGGGCCACUUGCCCAACAUCUCCGCCAACACCCUCAUUGGCGCUGUGAAUGCCGCUACCGGUGAGACGAACGUCGCCUACGACGAGGCUGGCAAGCAGCACACCAUCCCUGAUCUUGCUGCACAAUGGAAAGCCCAGGGCCGCGAGUGGCUCGUCGUCGCUGAAGAGAACUAUGGUGAAGGUUCCGCUCGUGAACACGCCGCUCUUCAGCCACGCUACCUGGGUGGCCGCGUCAUUCUCGCCAAGUCCUUCGCUCGUAUCCACGAGACCAACCUGAAGAAGCAGGGUGUUGUUCCUUUGACCUUCGCUGACAAGGCCGACUAUGACCGCAUUGAUGCUUGCGAUGUCGUUGCUACCGAGGGCCUGUACGAGACGCUGAAGAACGGCGGCAAGGGUGAGGUCAAGCUUCGUGUUACGAAGAAGAGUGGCGAGGAGAUUGUUAUUCCUGUGAAGCACACCUUGAGUGCGGAUCAGUCUUCUUUCAUUCUGGCGGGCAGUGCGUUGAACGUGCUUUCCAAGAGGUAG